AUGGAGACCUUCCUGUUUACAUCUGAGUCUGUGAACGAGGGGCACCCCGACAAGCUGUGUGAUCAGAUCUCCGAUGCAGUGCUGGACGCUUGCCUGGCUGAUGACCCCGAGAGCAAGGUUGCCUGUGAGACAUGCACCAAGACGAAUAUGGUGAUGGUCUUUGGAGAGAUCACCACCAAGGCUAAUGUUGACUACGAGAAGAUUGUCCGUGACACAUGCCGUGCUAUUGGAUUUAUUUCGGACGAUGUAGGUCUCGAUGCUGACAACUGCAAGGUCCUCGUCAACAUUGAGCAGCAGAGCCCUGAUAUUGCGCAGGGUGUUCACGGUCAUCUGACCAAGCAACCAGAGGAGAUUGGUGCUGGUGACCAAGGUCAUAUGUUUGGCUACGCCACGGAUGAGACGCCCGAAUUGAUGCCUCUGAGCCAUGUUCUGGCUACCAAGCUUGGUGCUCGUCUUACUGAGGUUCGUAAGAAUGGCACCUGCCCAUGGUUGAGGCCGGAUGGAAAGACUCAGGUGACGGUUGAGUAUUACAACGACAACGGUGCCAUGGUUCCUGUGCGCGUGCACACUGUGCUGAUAUCCACACAGCACGAUGAAACUGUUACCAAUGAUGAGAUUGCUGCAGAUCUCAAGGAGCAUGUGAUCAAACCUGUUAUCCCAGAGAAGUACCUUGAUGAGAAGACCAUUUUCCACCUGAACCCGUCUGGGCGGUUUGUUAUCGGUGGCCCUCAUGGUGAUGCUGGUCUGACAGGUCGUAAGAUCAUCAUCGACACAUAUGGGGGAUGGGGCGCACACGGUGGUGGUGCAUUCUCCGGGAAGGACCCGACCAAGGUGGACCGGAGUGGCGCGUACAUUGUGAGGCAGGCUGCUAAGAGCAUUGUGGCGUGUGGAUUGGCACGGAGGUGCAUCGUGCAGGUGUCUUACGCCAUUGGUGUCCCGGAGCCUUUAUCUGUGUUUGUGGACACUUUCGGAACAGGGAAGAUCCCGGACAAGGAGAUCCUGCAGAUUGUGAAGGAGAAUUUCGACUUCAGGCCAGGAAUGAUCUCCAUUAAUCUGGAUCUCAAGAGAGGUGGCAAUGGCAGAUUCCUUAAGACGGCUGCAUACGGCCACUUUGGGAGGGAUGAUCCUGACUUCACUUGGGAGGUUGUCAAGCCCCUCAAAUGGGAAGCUUGAGAUAUCUAUGCUUGUUUUUGUUUUUUCCUUUAUCAUUAUCACUUUUGCUGCCCUGCGUGGCUUUGUUGUUUCGUGUUUGAUUCCUAUAUCAUCUGUAAUAACAUAAAACUUUAUUUUGA